AUGUGUUUUGGGUUUAGCGAAUUGAAACCUCAACCUCCGUCCCGGGCCACCUACCGCGAGGACGGUUAUGGUCAGUACCUUCGUGAUUACGAUGCCUAUCAAAAGGCAGCCCACAGCUACAAUACGAAUAAGAAAAAGCGCAAGGCUCGUCGGCCUAACCAUACUGCUGCACUAGCUGGCGCGGGCGUUGUCCAUGCUGGCCAUGUUAAUGGGAGCGGUUGUUAG